UUCCGUAACAAGCGACCGGUUGCUCCCUGCACAACCGACUUGUCCGUAACCACAACUACGGAUGUUCGAAUCUCACUGAAGCCCAAAAAUUGCAGUACAAUUUCCCCCUAGUACUAGUAAAAAUUAGGGUUCAAUUCAGAGGCCGUGUCCGCAGAUAACUCCAAAAUCCAAACCACCGUAAAACACCGCGGCCUCCGCCGUCUACCGCCCAACAUGACCUGCCAGCCAUCAGAAUCAGACUUCUCCGCCACCAUCACGCGAAUUGCCGUGGCACAGAUUUCCCAAUCAGUGGGCUACAGCGCAGCCCAAACCUCCGCUUUAGACGCCCUUGCCAGCGUCGCCGCCAGGUACCUGGGAGCCGUAGCCCGUUACGCCGCCGCCUCCGCCAAUUCCUCCGGCCGCACCCAAUCUAACAUAUUCGACAUCGUCAUUGCCCUUGAGGAACUGGGCUCCGUACAAGGAUUCCUGGGUGCUCCUAAUAGUUCAUCACAGUGUUUGAUUUCAUCUUCGAUUUUGAAAGAAAUUGGGAGGUUUUUAUUUUACAGCGAUGAAGUCCCUUUUGCUCAGCCGAUUCCCAGGCAAAAUCGGCCGGCGGAAUCGAGGAAAAUUGGGAAUGAGAUGGGUUUGAAGCACGUGCCCGGAUGGCUGCCGGAUAUGCCUGUAGUGGACGGAAUGGGAAUCGAAAAGGAGGGGAAUGAAGAGCGGAAUAUUGGAGGGGGUUUUGUUGGGGAAGAAAGGAAUCAAAGUAGGAUGGCAAAAAUGGGGAAUGGGAGGGGAAAGGGAUUUCAAUUGCCUGAAAAGAGAGGAAAAGUCAGGUUUAGAAUGGCAAUGGGAGGUGGGAAUUGGGGGUUUGGUAUGGAGAGGAGGAAUGGGGUAUUAAGCAGAGGUGGAAUUGGGAAGAGAAUUCUCUGUGAGAGUUGGAGUGAUGGUGAUGGGAAUGAGGAGGAAGGGAAUAAGAAGAGAGUGAUCAAGAGAUCAAGAUGACAAAUUGAUAAUGAUGAUGAUGAUAAAUUUUUGACAAUUAGAUAUCAUAUAUGCUAGAUUCUUUUGCCUUUAAAUUAUUGAGUGAAGUACUUCUUACUUUUGAAUUUUUACAUUUUCUUUUGGAACGUUUUUCAUCUAUUUUAUUUUACUGCUCUAGUUACAUCAAGAAUGCAAUCCAGAUUCCAGAGACCUUGUCAAAGCACUUAUGGUAAAGAAUUUUAGGUUGCUUCUUCAAUCUAAGCACUUAUGGUAAAGAAUUUUAGGUUCCUCCUUCAAUCUAAGCAAACAAAUCAUCUCUAGAUGGUGUAGUAUCGUUCCAGUGGACAAGAAAAACUUGACUGGGAAAUUUGAGCAAUGCAAUGACUUGGGAAGCUUUGCCUAUCACCAACCUCUCAAACAUGUUUUCCAGAUGAUCUUAGCAUAAAUUUGUGCGGUCGAGGCCGAGUUCUUGCCUGAUUUAUCAACCAUAUUCCCAGCCAUUAAGAAUAUCCGGCGGGAAGGGAGAUUGCAAACAGGAUCAAAACAUGCCCAAUCCAGCAACAACCUUUUGUCACCUUCUGUAACAUGAUAGACAAACAUUCAAUACUGCUGCUUUACCAUGUAGCUACUCCGUACUCGUACCCUGAAUUCUACCAGUCUCACAAAGUCUGUACUCCUCCAUGCUUGUUCUUGCAUCGAUUUAAGUGACUGGAACUUCUCUUCGUCGAGAUUAAAGGAGAUUAGUCCAAGGCCUCCUGGCCAAACUGUAAGCAUUUGUCAUCGAAUGGAGCAAGCGGAUCAACUGGUGCAACUUUCUCCAUGAAGAAUUGUCACUCCUUUCAUGAAUUGGAGAUGGGAAAAUUAUAUAGGGCGGAAAAAAUUGUUAGGAUUCGUUAACCAGAAGAUUUGAGUUAUAAAACCAAAACAAGGCGUAUGCUGCUAUCCAUCUUUUCAAACUUUCUGCCACAGAAAUGAGGAGGCCCCUGCAAUGACGAUUCUGAUAUGCCUGGACAAAUGGUGGAUGCACACUUACAUUGCAGAAUAGUUAUGAGUAAUUCAAACUGCAAAUCAUCUAUUGCUGUUAGACUUUCUUUAUGGCAUCUGUAUUUUGAUCAUUAACACAGCAGAAAAAAACUCUGUUUAUGCUGAUCGUGUCUUUGCUGUGAUCAUCAACUGAGGUUCCGCUCAUCUUGCAGCUCAAUUCCGCAUCAAUGAUCAGCCCCUCUCAUAAUCUUCUUCA